AAAUAUUACUGGCGCAAGUGUUUGGCAUUAAAUCUGUGAAUUGUUGUGAUACAAAGUCAUACAGAAUUAUGCAAUUAAUUUAGUCACGAGUGAAUGUAAUUAACAGUAAAUGAAAUUUAAAAAAAAUAGUGCUAUCAUCCCACGUCGCAGGAGGAAAUCUUUAUUUAGCGAAAAUAGCUUUCCAAACGCAUACAUAAUGAAGUAAUUUUAAUUGCAAUGCGAGUCACAUAGCUGCGAGUGUGGAUAAUACUUGACUUGUACGCGUUUACAUAGAGAUUGGUUAAGAUAAUAUUGUGCGUCGAUAGGUGUGGACGAGGCGGUAUUAUUUUCAUGAGGCUAUGAGCGUGAUCUAAUUAUAAUCAUUAAUCACAGUUCGUGAUAAGCGCUGAAACGCAUAAACGACGGUUUAUCUUUUCGACGUGAAGUUGUUUCGAACUUGGCUGCAUUGCAUCCUGCGCUACGCUGCGUUUGGAUUUGGGUGUACUUACUGGGGGGAUGGACGUGAACUGUCAUUCAUCAGUCGCGUCAAAUUGCAAAUAGAUUAAAGUUUUUAUGGGUGUUUACACUGUUUACAUGGUUCCGCAAUAAAUACGAACGAGUGUACAUACGAUGGUCAUUGUCUUCGACGAAUAAACAAUUGAAAAUGAGCGUGUUUGGUGAUUUUCAGCAAGUCUGGUCGCAACGGUUCCCGGAGAGUGCGUUGCCCAGUGCUUGGGAGGAAGAUAUCAGAGCGAAUCUUGAGAAGCACAAACACAAAGUGAGACUGCUGAAGGAGGAACUGGACAAGGAGAUCAUCUAUGUGGAGUAUCUGGAGAGGCUCCUCUCUGACAUUGAAGAGAAGAAGGUGGAAAAAAAGACUGAUUUUGAGGAAAAUCCUGCUGGCCAGAUAGAUACUGACUCUUUAUCUAAUCAGAAACCUGAUGAUAAUAUAGUACCGACUGCACCACCCUGUGAGUCACCAGACACAGAGACUUCAGUUAACAAGUGCAUUAGUGAAUUGACAUCAUUCAAAUCAGCAUCACUGCAAAGGAAAACUAGUGAACCCACCAAAAGUGACACUUCGAAUAAUGAUCCCAGCAGUUUUGUGACUGUAAUUGAAGUUAACGGGAUUAAAAACACUACAGUUUCAUCAUCACCAAGCAAGCAUCCACCAAUACCACCACUUAAGCCCAAGUUUAGAGCUAACUCGUUGAGAGAAGAAGGCCCAUCCAGGAGUGCUAGUGCAGAAUCAAUCCGCUCUUCCAGUGAGCAAUUAUCACCAGCUGAUGAACCUUAUUAUGAUGUUGUGGCCACAGACACUGAUGAAGCUCUAAUCAAAAGUAUUGGUUCGAGCACUGAAAAUGUUUUCUCGAAUUCGAGUACUCUACCACUGCACGCAAAACACGCAUCGCUGCAAAGCGUUGGCCCCGAGCCACAAUCGCCGGAACCACAAUCCAAUUACGUGAAUAUCGAAUAUUUUAUUCACAAGAGCAACAUGAGUCACGAUAGUGAUGAAGAUGAACAAAUGUAUCAAGAAGAUAUUCCUUUGAGGAGGAAUAAUGACAACGGUUCGUACGCAAGCUCUAGUUCCUUAGAGUCAUCAACGCCAGCGACUAGAAGGAAGUUUAGCCAAAUCAGUUUUACGGAUUCCGAGAGGGGUGAUGGAAAAUCAUCAAUGUAUAAAAGUCUUUUGAUUAAUAUCAUAGACAGUGAAUCCACAUAUGUCGAAUGGCUAUUUGUUUUUAUUACGUAUAUGAAAGCAAUCAAAGGAACACUGAAUACAUCGCAACCAGUAAUAUCUUUGGACGAGUUUAAUACGAUUUUUUACAAAAUUCCUGAACUCCACGAAUUGCAUACCAAUUUUCUUGAGAGCCUGAAAAGACAUUCUAACAAAUGGGAUACCAGAGUAGGAGAUAGUUUUAAAUUCAUGGCGCAGAAUUUAGAGUUAUACGGUGCUUUUUUGAGUAAUUAUGGCAGGGCUGUUGACACCGCUAAAAAGUGCAGCAGCGCUAACACUCGUUUCGCCGAUAUAUCGAGGAACAUCACAUGCAAGAACCUAUCCGGUCAGCCUAUUUCGCUGGAGGAUCUUUUGCAUAAGCCGGUUGCAAGGGUGCAGAAAAACGCGAUGGUACUUCACGAUCUGUUGAAGUACACGCCUGAUUCCUCACCAGAUUACAAUUCGUUUUGCGAGGCCCUCGAGAUUACGCAGAAGUUUUUGGACCAAUUCAACAUGAUCCAAACCAAAUCCAUGUUCCCUGCCAACGACAGGGCACAACGUCGUCUAGUCAAAAAUUCGUUCAUCGUCGAAUUCGUCGAGAACUCACGCAAAUUGAGGCACCUAUUCCUGUUCAAUGAUGUCAUAGCAUGCGCUAAAUAUAAGGUUUUAUUUCAGUCAUCGGGUAGAAACGAAAAAUACACAUUUGAGUUGAAAUGGUUUAUACCCGUUGAAGAAAUUUUAAUCCUCGAAGAAUCAACUGCCAAUCCUCACGAAGUUCCAACCACCGAGUUGGUCAGUUUAAAAUCACAAGCAUCGAAUACUCGUGAUAAUUUGAGACAAGAUGAGAAGGUUGGAGAAGACAAGAAAAGUCGCCUGGGUCGUGGCAGUACUGAUAAGCUGCGUAAACGCCUCCUGGAACUGGAGAGCCAAUUGGUCUUGGUCUCUCCAAAUUUGAUAUUCAGAAUUAAACAUCGCAAUCAGCCCAAACAGUACACUUUCUUCCUGUCAUCAGAGUUUGAGCGGACGCAAUGGGUAGAAACCAUAAAGACCUUACAGAAGACCAGCAGACCGCCGGCACCCAGUGCAAGCUUUAGUAUGCUAGAUCUUCAAGGGUGGAUAACGGCCUGCAGGACGUACUUGAAAACGAACAUGGGUUCGUACUUGUUGCGCAGCGGCCACGAUGAAAGUCUGCUCGUAGGCGAUCUGCACAUCACCGUUUUCGACUUGCAAGGUUUGGAGUAUGCUGCAGACGUGUACAUAUGUAUCGAGGUCGACUUCUACGGCCACUUCUUCCGCAAGGCCAAAACCAAAAUGUCAUGCAAGUCGAAUUCACCGCAAUGGAAUGAAAAUUUUAUUAUUGAUCUAGAAGGCUGCGAAAAUCUAAGGAUAUUGGUCUAUAGGGACACCGGAACGCAAUCUACAUUAUUUGGGAAACACACUCAACAGCUAAGCAGGCAGUGGUUGCAUCAGAAUACGACUGAAAAAAAACUAAAGAUCAACGGUUGUGAGUUGAGGAUUGGUCUUAAGUACAUCCCUUAUGAGGUGUCGCCGAAUAGACGUGUCCCUAGCAAAGCUGGUCCACUUUUUGGCGAGAAAAUUUCACAGAUUUGCAAGCGACAAAAACGGGACAUCCCAUUCAUUGUUUCAUCUUGCGUGAGAGAAGCGGAAAGACGUGGUAUGUCCGAAGUUGGUAUCUACAGAGUGUCUGGAUCCGCAUCGGACUUGGGCAAAUUAAGGAAGUCCUUUGAAACAAAUCCAUACGAAGCAGAACAGUUGCUGAAGGAGGUAGAUAUACAUUCGGUUACCGGUAUCCUGAGGACUUAUCUUCGUGAGCUACCGGAGGCCCUGUAUACGGACACACUGUAUCCAUCACUUUUAGAGGCUUUUAAUAGCAAUGAAAAUUUAACUAAACGGACUGAUCUUCUACGAGAUAUUUCCAAGAAAUUGCCAAAGGAAAACAAAGCCACUAUAGAUUUUAUCCUGGAGCAUCUUAUACGAGUUUACCAACAUGAGAAUGAGAACAAGAUGUCGUUACAUAAUUUGGCUACCGUUUUCGGGCCAACCUUGUUGCGAUCCAGCUGCAAAUUGGACAACAAGCAGAAAAAUCAUUUAGCAUCAGAAACUGUAGACGUGAUGGCACAGGCUGGAAUUCUGUACUGUUUCCUGCAGGAUUUGAAUUCCAACUUCAGGAAGGACUGUUGACACUAGUUGCCUUCAAACAAUUAUUUUACCAAUCGUACUACUGCUACAUAAAAUAGAACUGAUAAUUGCAGUUAUUAUUAACUAUAAUAUGUAAUACUUUAUACCUUCCAUAUUAAUGCAUUUUUUUAAAAUAGCUUGUAGGUAAGUUUAUAAAGAAAUGAGGAGUGGUUAAAACAAAAAAUACAAAAC